GCUUUGAUUGAGAUCAAUUAUAAAGGAAUUAUUGAGCAGUUGGUUCAGGGAGAAUGUUUAAAUACUUUCUUAACAGGUUGUGUGGAACUUAUGCUUCAAGAGUUUAAAUCAUUUGGCAUUCAAUCCAAAGAACAAUGUGUUAGUUUCUUAGGUGAAAAGUUGCGCAUCAUCUUUUCUAUUUCACCAUCCUAUUCUCACAAACAGCUGGUGGCCAUUUUUAUUGACCUUGAAAUCGGAUAUGUUCCACCUUCUAAUGGUGGUCAACAUUCGGAUGACAAAACAAACGGUGGGUACACCCUCAACCGCAAUAAUGCAUCGAACGGCAACAAAUUAUAUCGACUUCAGACUGGUCAAACCCCGAUAGUACGACCAUUGCUUCAUAAUACUCUUGGUCUAGAUGGGUUUCCUAAUGGGACAAAUACCAUUAUAGCUGUGAUUUCAUAUACUGGUCUCGGUGCAGACGCACCACCUUCAUUGCGAGAAAAGCUUAAUAAUGAUGGUUUACCGUUCAUCGGAACACGAUUAAAAAUUGGUGAUCCUUUAUGUGCAUAUAUAGAUGGCACACAGGGUGGAGAUGACUCAGGCGUAUAUGAAGUUCAAAAGGUGCAAAUAAUGCUAAGAAUUCCGAGACCUCCUGUAAUAGGCAACAAAUUUUCUUCUAAGCAUGGUCAGAAAGGUAUUUUUUCUCGAUUAUGGCUCCAGUUUGACGUGUCAUUUACUGAGAGUUGCACGCAACCCGAUGUUAUUUUCAAUCCACAUACUUUCCCAUCACAUUCUACACCAUUUAGAUUUAAUGAAGAAUUUACUGCAAUAGAUUAUUUUGGAGAACAGCUUUGA